CCAUUCCAUCCCAUUGAAUAAUUUGAUAUUCUUGUGCUUAGGAAGCUUAGGAAGGAACACUGGCUAUGGAAUAUGGGUAUAUAAAAAGGUGACAUGAGAAGAAGUUGAUUUUACUGGACACUGAUGGCAAUACUCCAAAAAUAGUUUGCAGCAAGAAAUAAAUACUGACUUGCAGGCUAAGUAUAGGUAGGCAAAGUGUGAUAACAGGUCAGUGUUUGAUGAGACAGCUCUCAUAGUUCAGUCUAUUCUUUCAAAAGAAUACUCUAGAUUUUUUGUGAAUGCAGAGGAAUUACCCUUUCAGCUCAGUUUUGUGCCCUGCUGUGUCUUUGUGUUACUAGUGAUACAAGAAAGAAGAAUACUACCAAAGAACAAACAUAUCUUUCCUGAAAUACAAAGAAAAGUUUGUUUUCCAAACAAGUCCAUAGCCAUUCGUUGGUUAUUUUGUGAAAUCUAGUACGGCACUGGAGCUGUACACAAGCACUGAAAAAAAUCAUGUCUUAAUGUGCUAUCUUUUAAAGAUCCAGAGGCAAAUAUCUCUGCAGUUAACAAGAUAUUGGAUCCUAUGCAGUUGAACUCAUGCAACUGUCCAUACCCAUAAAUUUAACAAGAUGACAUUAAAGAAAGAGUUCUAUUUCCUGAACAUGAAAAAUUAAGGAAAUACUAUGGCUAUAAUCACAGAAAUCAUAAAAAAAACUUCAGUGGUCAACACUGUACAUUAGUGGGUACACCACAUUUUAGCUUCUAGGCUACAAAGGACAUCAGGAAAGAAAAGAAUACCCUGUAUCUUUUUAUAAUUUCCACGAGAUUAUCUUUAAGGCAUUGAUGUAGGAAGAUUAUAUAGGUUACAAAAUUUAAAAGAAAUGCCAUGCCAAAGGAAAGUUAUUAAUAACUGGAAUAGCUUACCUUUAAAGUGUAAACAAUUUUAAGCAACAUUAGCCAUAUCUAUGCUGAUAUUACUGAUAGACUUGUCUGGAUCUUUUUGAAUUAAGAAAAGUGGUAGUCAGUGAAAAAAAAUCCACUCGCUAAGUUGUAUAACUCAAAUUAGACCCACCUGAAACAUAAGUGUAUUCCUUAAAUAAUCUGUUCCCCCUAGGGUGUUAAUUAUGGAACAGGCAAUGUCCAUAUUAGUUUAAAUUGCAUCAAACAUAUACAUUUUAUUAUGUUGUGCUUAUACCAGGCGAGGAGACAGAAGUCAUAGCUUCACCAUUGUCUCUCUGCUCAGCUCUGCACAAGCUCUUAACUUCUUACUGCCUCGACUUUUCCAUCUGUAGAGUGACUGUGCUGUUCUCUUUUUGGAAAGCACAUAUAGAAAACCCUCCUGUUUAGUAGCAUAAUACCAGCAUUUUAAAAGCCACUAUUUGUUCUUCAUUUCUCAUCACAAGAACAUUGAUUCUCAAAUGUUUCAAAGUGCAGAGGGCCUUCUUAAGAAAAGACAACCCUGGAAAAACGGGAAUUUUUUCUAUUCAUUUGCGUGCAGUGCACUAGAGGGCCCUCAGGAGUUAGAAAUGGAUGGAAUGUACUUUUGGAAGGCACUUACUUCACAGAACUUUUCAUUACAGAAUGUAAAAUAGCAGAGGGUGGUUUUUUUUUUUUUUUAAUAACGUGAGGUUCAUGUAAGUUUAUAGCAGUUCAUAUGCAAACAACCUCUCAGUACAGUUAGGUUCCAAACAGUAUUUAGCUUGUAGUGAAAUACAUAAAUGUGAACUAUACUUAAAACUGAAAUAUGGGCUAGAAUACUUUGAGAACGUCAGUUUUACUAAGUUAUUUUUAUUAACCUAAGGAAUUUACCAGAACAAAGGAUAAGUCAAGCUGAAUAGUUUGCAAGGGAGAACUUCAGAUAUUUUAGGCUACAAGUAUGUAAACUUUGCUUACGUAGCUGGCUCCAUUCAUUCUCUGAAACCAAUCACUUGCCCUGUGGUGGCUGAUAAGAAUUGAACAGCUUGUAGAGGUGGAGUGUCAGCAUCCUUAGUACUUAACACAUUCCCAGGCAUAUCCAUAGCCUCUGUCCCAUCACCCAUGCAGGAAGCUUUUUGGAAAAGAAGAAAUAGAAAACAGAGAAGGGAAAUCAUGCAUCAUCAUCCUGGCUGGAACGUACAGAAGACUGUAUGCUGUUUUCAUCAUGUGGAUUCACUAGAGAAAUGACCUUCUUUGAUCAGCCAGGUAAAAUAAAAAACUUGCUUAUUUGCUGCCUGUGCUCCCCACGGACACUGAGGCUGUGGACUUGCAGGCGCCUGAGAACAAGGAGGAAUCUGCUGUUGGGCACUGCAUGUGUGAUCUACCUGGGAUUCCUCGUCAGUCAAGUGGGCCACAUUUUACCCCAGCAUAAAGGAGGAUAUGAAACGAUCAGUUCCAAAAGUCUCCAAGAUGCAGCCCAAACUUCUUUUCUGGGCAUCCCACUGGACAGCACCCUGUUACCACCUACCUUCCAGGAACCCCAGCUGGGUGUCAAUGGGACCUCUGUGCCACCUAAUGUGGUUUAUAUCACCCUACGGUCCAAGCGCAGCAAGCCUGCCAAUAUCAGAGGCACAGUGAAGCCAAAGCGCAGGAAGAAACAUGCAGUCUCAUUGUCGUACGGGCACCACUUUCCAAAAGCCGCUUUCACUGGCCAGGAAGAGAUCUUUGUUCAGCAGCCAGGGAGGGACAUGCACGCUGUGGGUGCAAUUGGAGCAGCAACAGCUCUGGAGGCAAAAAAACACCAACUGGAUGUACAUCAGCAUAAAGAAAUGGCAGUCAGGGAGAGGGGGCACCAGAGACCUGGAGGGAUUUCUGGAAGGAUUAAGGCGCAGCCUCAGGCUGAGGAAAGUAACAUCAGGAUUUACAGCGAGAGCUCUCCCUCAUGGCUGAGCAAAGAAGACAUUCUAAGCAUGCGUAUAUUGGCAGAUUCUCGGAUAGAGAGCAUCCAAGAACUACCUUCUCAGAAAGCUGUCCUGGUAGUGUUCGAGAGAGAUCCCAGCACCACAGAAACUGCCUGUAUUCAGGGGCACUGUGGCAUCAUCAAAAGACCCCUUGACAUGAAUGAAGUGUUUGCCUUUCAUUUGGAUAGGAUCUUGGGGCUAAACAGGAGCUUACCUUCUGUAAGCAGGAAAUCAGAUAUCUUCCAAGCUGGUCAAGCCUGUCCUGUUAUUCUCUGGGAUUCCUCACUGAGUCCAACUGAUGACAAUACUCAUUCUUCAGUGAGAUUAACCUGGGGGAAAUAUCAGCAACUAUUGAAGCAGAAAUGUUGGCAGAAUGGUAAAGUUCCCAAAGCUGAGUGGGGAUGUACUGAAAUCCAUCAUCAUGAGUGGUCCAAGAUGGCAGUCUUUGAUUUUCUUCUGCAGAUCUAUAACCGGCUAGACAGACACUGCUGUGGAUUCAAACCUCUGAAGGAGGAUUCCUGCGUGCAGCAAGGACUGGCGCUGAGAUGCACUGAUCAGGAUGCCAUUGACUUGACGCACAUAGUGCAGAGAAGGCAUGAUCAAAGGCACUUGGCCUUUAUAGACAAUAAGGGUUUCUUUGACAGAAGUGAGGACAAUCUCGACUUCAAAAUACUGCAAGGAAUCAAUGAAUUCCCUGAGUCUGCAGUUUCAGUGCUGAGGAGCCAGCAUUUACGGGAGAAGUUGCUUCAGUCUUUGUUCCUUGACAAAGUAUACUGGGAGAGCCAAGGAGGCAGAAAAGGAAUUGAAAAGCUUAUUGAUGUAAUAGAAAGGAGGUCCAAAAUUCUUCUUACUUACAUAAAUGCACAUGGAGCCAAAGUACUGCCCAUGAACGAAUGAGCUUCUGAGAGACAGUCUUUAAAAUAGUUUGUGUGGGGCAAAAAUUGAGAGUAAAAUUGAUUUAUUUCAUAGGCUUAUUAAGUUUUUAUUUUUCCAAACUUUCAAGCAUAUUUUUGAAUAAGAAGCCUUACAUGGUUUAAAAACAUCAUUUAAACAUCAGCUGCAGCUCAACACAAUGCACUCCUAUGUCACCAGUGAGAUAAAAACAUGUCAAAUAAUACAAUACAUGAUACAUAAAUAAGUAUGCACCAUGAACUCUCCUACUAAACCAUUUGAGAAUUACCAACAGGAUUUUCAGUACAUUAGUCUGUAUUCCCUCAUUCAAGUUAUUAAUGAUUUUAUUGCAAAUUUAAACGGGAAGAGAGAUUUUAGGAACUUCAUACAUCAGUGAAAAUUGCAAUCACAUCUACAUGCCGAAACAUACAGGAAUUCAUCUGUUUGAUUAAGAACACUACAAUUCCAACAUUUCAAACGCAUUAUUUUGUUUUAUUUCGGACUUUUGAAAUCUGAGGACUAAAUUUAACUCUUUUAAGUGAAGAUAUAUUUCCUUUGGACAUGAGGACAAUUUAGAAUCAGAAUGAGGAGAACACAGCUUUAACAAUAAUAAUUCAUUUAACAAAUACAGUUUUCACCUAUCAGGUAUAGAGCACACUUUGUCAUUAGUAAUUUUUUACAAUGUACUAUUUCCAGUACAGAUUGGUGUGUUGUGUGGAUGGAUCAUCUGAUAUUUCUGUCUAUUGAUUAACUGAGUUUUACUUACAGAAUCAUCCUUCAGUAUUACCAUUUAUUUGUUAGGAAUUUAGCUCUAGCUUUAUGUAAAUAUGCUGCUAAAUUAAGUAUACAUGUUUGUUUUUGCAACGUUCUUGACACAGUUUUUUAGAACAUUAAGGCAGAUGUAAUAAUCAUGCAAACAUUGUUAAAAUCAGAACAGAAGAUGUUUCUGCUGCUUGCUUAGCUCUUGCCAGCAAUCCAAGCUCUGGUUUUACAUUAAUACUGACCACUGUGAGGUGAUGAUUCCAGCUGAUGAUUUGGCCCCAGUAUUCCCAUAAGUAAGGUUGUUAGAGAAGCUUGGACAAGCACUUUAGAUUCUCAGCCUGGAUCUGUUCCAGAAAAUACUCUGUUCUAGAAGCAAAAUAUCAACUGAUAUAGUCUGUCCCAAAAUAUACCUUCUACCUAUCUGUUUGGAAAGGUUCUUACUGUUUUUCUAAAUAAAUAUCUAUCAUAUUUUUGCCAUGAGAUAAUGGCAGAAGUUGAAUGCUUUUGUCUAUUCUAUAUAUAUAUUAAAAAACAACAACAUAGGGUAUAUAACAUUUAAAAAUAUUUUUGGAAAUGCUUGUGUAAUAUUAUUGGUCACUAUUAGAAACUGUUAAUGCGGACGGGUGAAUUUAAUCUCUUAAAUAACUGCAGUUCCACUGCAGCUAAAACAGAUUUUCUUUCUUAGUAUCAGAACACCUAUUAACAACAGAAGAAAUAGAUCUAAUUAUAGGCAGAGUUAAAUAAAAUUCGAAGAGCUUGGCCAUCUAAAUAAUAUCUAAUUUUGUUCUGUUUAUAACGGGUAGAUACAUUCAUAAAAACUUCCUAGAACUUAACAACUGCCUUGAGAGGACAUGUUUUUAAGUGCCUUGGACUUAUUAAUAACACCAACGUAUAAUUUUUUAGGAUUUUCAUAUUAUCCCUUUCUUGAAUUGUAAUAACAUGUUAGCCAGAAAAUUUCUAUCACAGAAACAAAAAUAUUAGCGUAGCUUGCAUUUUGACUGAGAGAGAGAAAUAAUCCUCUGGAUCCAUUUCACAUGGUACUCCUGUUGCAUUUAUCAUAGAUUUCACUCUGAUGACCGUUAUAAUCAAUUUGUCCCAUUUUCUAGCCUAUUUCAGUUUUCUUCCUGCUAGAUACUUUUCAGUUGGAUUAUCACACACUGAUGGGAGUGAAAGAUGUUUAUGAGUACAUACAAGCCCAGUUCUCUUUUUUUUUUCUUUAAAAAAUGAAGAAUUCUGUAAUUUUUGAGUGUUAUUUGGGUAAAUGCUCCAGUCAAAAAUACAAAGUAAGUGCUUUGUAUAGCUUGUUUAUUCACUGCCACUACAUUCAAGAUAUCUAGUCUCACUAGCAGGACUAAUAUGUAUUGAGAAAUCUGUCCAUUUCCUUAUAAAACAGCAUGAACUUGGACUGACAUUCCUGCACAGAAGCCCAAGUGACAUUGAUAGACAGAAAGAAAAAGAAGAAGCCUUGAUCUACCUAUGGUAGGGAUCAACUGAAAGCCAAGAAACUAGGUUUUAGUCAUCUCUGCUGGGCUGCCUUCCAUUUAAAGGCAUAUGGGAUCAGACAAGUAUUCCUGUUGCACAGUACUCGGAAGGGUGUAACCAACGGCAACAGUCCAAAAUUUGGGGGUGGGAAAAGAAGAUUAUGUCAUUCUUGAAUCUCCCUGAAAGCCAGAACCACAUAAAAUGGAAUUACUAAGAAAGUCAGGAGGGUUUGCUGAUUUCAUAACAUUGGAAGACAGAGCUUAAAAUAAGUAGCACAGGCACAGAUGCCUUGAAAUUCCUCGUGAGCUUGCCAGCAAGCUUAUAAUCUUAGACAUUUCAGAAGCUGAGGACAUGAAAACUUUUGUGGAGCACUGUGAGAGAAAUUUCUCUCUUUUUUUUCUCAUACAUUCUAUAAUGCACUAUGUUAAAGAAAGAUAAAUUCCACAGUUUCAAAAAUGCAAAUACAUGCUUAGGGUACAUUAAGGGACAAGCUUCCAGUAGCAAUUCUGGGAACGCUUUAAUGCAUGUUUGUGUAUGGGACUAAGAAUGUACAUGUAUAUGAAUAUAUAUACCUUAGCUUUUUUAUAUAAAAGGCUCAGUUCUACUUACAGAGUGAGUUGUGUAUGCAAUCUGUUGUUUACAUGUAGAAUUGUAUUGUUUGAGAGUGGAAGUUCAGUGCUGGGUAUACACAAGUCGAAGUUUAAACAAAGCAUUAUUAUGGAUGCAACUUUUGUUCUCAAAGCAUUAACUCUUCCCAUGCUAAUGCAUCUAAGCAAUGUAAAAUUUUUCUAUUUACAAUUGUAAAGAAAAAAAGCAGUAUGUUUGUAUUUGAGUUAAACUGCUGGACAACAGUGCUAUCAAAUCUGAGAUGUUUUUACAUUACAUGUUGAGGUUCCAUUUGAAACUUGUGCAUUUUAAAUUUGUGCAUUUUACAUUGAACUUGUUUGUCUUUUUGUAGUGACCAGUAAAGGCAUUAUCAUCAGUCAUGAACUGUUUCACUCUGCUGCUAUUGUCAUGGGAUGUCCAUAAAUAUAUAAAAUAAAAUGGUGUAUUCAUCACA